AGAGAGUCGAGGGACCAGGAUGGCAGGGUAAGAGCCAACCGACAAGCAGCAGCCUCUGGACUAGGAAUCCAAGAGCAUAAAACGCUCUGAGCUGCCGCGUCUCCUGCCUGUGCUCACCCUCCAGUGAGAGCAGUAAGAGCACGCAGCUUAGCUGGGCUUUCCAGUUCCGGCUGGCAACGCCCAUGGUCCUGGACCGCACCUUCAAGAUAACUUAGGGACGUCUUCUCUCUCCAAUUUCAAAAGAAAGUUUGGACAAAGUGAUUUUGGGGUGGAUGGCAGCUGCUCCCUCUGCUUCCUCUGUGUCACCUCUCAGAAGCCCCCACUUCCAAUCCCCUCCAACCUUCCCAUGCUGACACCCAGCUCCCAGACCCUCCUUUUCUUUCUUUGAUUUCCGAGCCUCUGUGGGGUCAGGGAUGUCGGUUCUGCUCACUACUCCUUUCGUUCUCUCUCUCUCUGUCUGCUGAGCCAUCACUCCUUUUUUUUCAAGCCUUCACCCCAUCGUCACCUCUCACCUCCCUUCUCUCUAUCCACCUCUAAACCUCUCUCACUCCAUUUUUAUCUAUCCAACUUCUUACUUGCACCCACACCGUCCCUCCAUCCACCUUCCCUUCCUUCUCUCCCUUAAAUCCUAACCAUGGAUUCUGAGCCUUCUUGGACUGCCAUCCCCUCCCCCGGGGGCACCCUGCUUGUCCCCAAUGCCACCAUACCCUGGCUGGGUAGGGAUGAAGAGCUAGCCAAAGUGGAGAUUGGUAUCCUAGCUACUGUCCUGGUUCUGGCCACAGGAGGCAACCUGGCUGUGCUACUGACUCUGGGCUGCCAGGGCCACAAGCGCUCCCGCAUGCAUCUGUUCGUGCUGCACUUGGCCCUGACCGAUCUGGGCGUGGCGCUUUUUCAGGUACUGCCUCAGCUGCUCUGGGACAUCACCUACCGCUUCCAGGGCUCUGACCUCCUCUGCCGGGCUGUCAAAUAUCUACAGGUACUCAGCAUGUUUGCUUCCACUUACAUGCUGCUGGCCAUGACGCUGGACCGGUAUCUGGCUGUCUGUCACCCUCUUCGAAGCCUCCAGCAGCCCAGCCUCUCCACCUACCCUCUCAUUGCUGCUCCCUGGCUGCUGGCUGCCAUCCUCAGCCUCCCUCAAGUUUUCAUUUUUUCGUUGCGAGAGGUGAUCCAGGGCUCAGGAGUGCUGGACUGCUGGGCAGAUUUCUACUUUUCUUGGGGCCCGCGGGCCUACAUCACCUGGACCACCAUGGCCAUCUUUGUGCUGCCGGUGGUGGUGCUCACAGCUUGCUACGGCCUCAUCUGCCAGGAGAUCUGCAAGAACCUGAAAGUCAAGACCCAGGCUGGCAGGGAGGGAAAAAGGGGCUGGCGGACUUGGGACAAGUCCUCGUCUUCUGCCGCUGCUGCAGCCACUAGGGGGCUGCCGUCCCGGGUCAGCAGCAUCAGUACCAUCUCCAGGGCAAAGAUCCGAACAGUGAAGAUGACUUUUGUCAUUGUGCUGGCCUACAUUGCUUGCUGGGCACCUUUCUUCAGUGUCCAGAUGUGGUCUGUGUGGGACGAGAAUGCCCCCAAUGAAGAUUCUACCAAUGUGGCUUUCACCAUCUCGAUGCUUUUGGGCAACCUCAGCAGCUGCUGCAACCCCUGGAUCUAUAUGGGCUUCAACAGCCACCUGUUGCCACGUUCCCUGAGCCACCGUGCCUGCUGCAGGGGUUCCAAGCCCCGAGUGCACAGGCAGCUCUCCAACAGCAGCCUUGCUAGCCGCCGCACCACGCUGCUGACCCACACCUGUGGUCCAUCUACUCUCCGUCUCAGCCUUAACCUCAGUCUCCAUGCAAAGCCCAGGCCUGCCAGCUCACCGAAGGAUUUAGAGCAGAUGGAUGGAGAAGCCACUAUGGAGACGAGCAUCUUUUAGAGAAGAUUCCCUGGACUCUGGUUCUGCUCAUCUCAGGCACUGAGAAUAUGGACUAGACGGCUCAGGGAUGGUAGGAGGUGGAGUUUAGUUUGAGGCAGGGUGAAGAGGCCAGAAUAGCUGCCACUGCUCAAGGCAGUGCUUAGUGUGGGUAUGAGCCAUUCUCUCUUAAUUUUAGAUCGCUGGAAAUUCAACUCCCCUGUUCCCACCACAUUCAUAGAGCACCUGUAAACAUACCCAACUGGUAGAUAUAGUGUUCUAGAUCUGAGACAGCCUAGAUGGCACUGUCAACGCAGAGGCUCAUCUCAUUACUUGGCUACUGUCACAAUUCUAACCUGACUGGUGCAUUGCAGUAGAACAAGGAGAGGUGAGAAUAGAUUAUUAGAAAGGAAGAUGGGUAUGUGGGAUUUUCAGCCAAGGC